AUGACACAAGAGAAACCACUCAAGUCACUCAAGGCUCAUGUCCAAAAUGAGAGCAUGACAGAACGUUUACUUAAUUUUGAACUCGAGAUAACGGGUCUCGUAUGUCUUUUGGCUAUUGGAAGUUGGUGGGCAGGGUCACCACUAGCAACACGGUGUCUACUUCUAUCAUACAAGAUCGGGCCGGAUGCAUACGACAAGGGCAACGACGACAUUUACUUUAUUGGCUUUUGGGUGGUCGCCUUUACGUUUCUACGCGCGUUCUUUAUCAAAUACAUCUUUCAUCCGUUCGCAAGGUUGACCGGCAUCGAGCCAUUUGGUAAACGCCAACGAUUUGCAGAGCAAGGAUUCAUGUUCACCUACUAUGCCGUAUUCUGGAUCUGGGGAAUGUAUCUCAUGUAUCACAGCCCUUACUGGUUCAACACGUCUUAUUUCUGGAUCGAUUAUCCCCAUAUCAUGAUGAAACGCGAUAUCAAGAGCUAUUACCUCAUGCAAACAGCUUUCUUUAUCCAACAACUAUAUGCCCUUCACGUUGAAAAACGAAGAAAAGAUCACUUCGCCAUGGUCACCCAUCACGUCAUCACCAUCACUUUGCUUGUAUCCAGCUAUUACACCAACUUUACGCGUAUUGGCAAUGCAGUACUUUGUUCAAUGGAUUUAUCGGAUUUGCUGUUAUCGUUGGCCAAGAUUCUCAAGUACCUGGAUUUCUCCACCUUGUGCGAUAUGACUUUUGCCGCAUUCGCUAUUGCAUGGCCAAUCACACGACAUGGAUUCUUCACAGUCAUCAUAUGGGCAACAGCAUUUGAACCACACAAAUACCUCGACAUGAAAUGGGAACCUGAGAAGGGCAAAUACUUUACGCCAUCGACACAGAAAAUGUACCUGACGUUGUUCUUGCUGUUGGAUUGCAUCAUGAUCUACUGGUUCAGCAUGAUUGUCAAGGUGGUCUACCGAGUCAUUCAAGGAAAGGGGGCCGAGGAUACUCGUAGUGAUGAUGAGGAUGAGGAGGAAAUACAAAGGGAAAAGUCCAAAGAGAAGAAGAAGGUGCAGUAA